GAUUUUUAUUCCAGAAAAUGAGUCUGGCCAAACUCAAAUUAUCCCUCAUUGAUUUCCGCCUUAUUUCUCGUGCGUAAUGGGCGCUUAUUUCUAGCGCGGAUGGGUCAUGAGUCAUCCUCUACUUCUCUGUGUAAUUACUUUUUGUGGACAGAAUCGAGCUUACACUUUCGUCGUAGACUGAAACGUUUUAAGAUACUCGUACUUAUUUCAUUAAUAUAGAUUGCUGGAAAACUUCGCAAAUAUCUACUAAUCUGGAACGCAACCAAGAAGGAAGUGGAAAUUACGGAAAUUCACAGCGUUAAUUUGUGACCGUGCCCCAACUUCACAAUGGUUUUCAAGCAAACCAUAACCGAAAAAUGGCUGGCGGCAGGAUCCUCGCCCGUGGAUUGGUGUGAGGAGAACUACACUGUCAGCAGCAGCAUCGCCGAGUUCACCAAUUCGCUCUCGAAUGUCCUCACUGUCAUCAUCCCCGCAUAUUGCAUCAAAAAUCAACUCUGGAGGUCUUAUCGCAAGCACAUAUCAAAUGGCCCUCAGGUCAUCCUUUACUUAACAGCCCUAAUUGGCAUCGCUAGUGCGUAUUUUCAUGGCACGCUCUCUUUGUUCGGUCAGCUUCUGGACGAAGUUUGGAUCAUUUGGGUAAUGUGUGUGGCUUAUGCUUCACUAACAGCCGAUUGCUAUAGGCCUGUGAUAUUCAGAGGUUCUCGAGCCAAUAUUGUAGCCCUUUUCUUGGCCACAUUUCUAACUUUGAUGUGGUUUGUAGCUCCCUACACCAACGCCUUCUGGAUGAUGACUAUGGGCGCUCCAGUUUACUAUUUCCUAUAUAACGAAUGUUUCGUUGUGAAGAGAAAAUAUUCUCUCAGCUUGGUCAGACUGAGCCUCGUCUUGAAUAUCCUAGGUAUCACCUUUUGGGUGGCUGACAGAGCGAUGUGCAACUUUUGGUUGAGUCUUGGGCUGCCAGGGCUACACAACAUAUGGCAUCUGCUGUGUGGUGUUGGUUCAUACCUCAACCUCACAGUUUUCGCGUAUCUCAAAGCUGCCUCGGACGCACCUUACCUCAUACCCACCAUCCGUUACUACCCAGGCGACACUUGGGGACUGCCUUACGUUCACUGUAAAAGUAAAUUACCUUCAUAAAACUGUAUAUUAUGAUGUUCAUUGGUUGAAUUCAUUUUUCCGGGAUGCCACGGUGACAGACUUCAUUUUUACCUCAUUUGAAAUUGUUUGAUUCUGAGUAACAGAUUUAUUUAAAAACAAUUCGAUAAAAAUAAUUACGAGUAAAGUAUUGGAAAAUAUUGUCUGACAGUAUUGAUCUGAUAUUUUCAUUUAAAAAUAUUUCAGUACCCCUGUUGAAUAUUCAAUAUUAACAUUUGCGUUUCAAAGAAUCUGAAGGUUUUCCGUUCUACAGAAAUGGUGUUGUUUUACUCCAAGGUUAACAUUUGCCUUGUAACUGUAACACAUAUCCCCUUCCCAUGUGAAUCAAUGGCUCUGGGGAAUAGGAGAAAAUUUCCGCGGUGGACAAGCAAGAGCGCGCUUUGAAUUUUUAUGUAUGUUAAUCAUAUGGUAUCGUUUACAUUUUUAUCUGAGUAUCAUGUGAUAGUUUUAAGUGAAAACUCAUUUCGUUCAAUUCAAUAAUCGAAGACAGUGGAGACUUAUGCAUCUAACAUAUGUUAACAAUUAAACUAAAUUGUAUGCAGUACUACUAAUUUGAUCAAAUGAAAUAUGCGUAAUUACUUUUCGAUAAGUAUAAGAAAUAACACAUCUUGUAGGAGCGCCGAGCGGCCGUGUUGCCGUCUUUCCUGAGGCUUAAUGCGUUCGGCUGACUGCGCUGAAGAGGAGCCCUCGAAAAAGAUGGAUAUAACAUUUGCUUGGUUUUGUCUCCUUUGCUGCGACUGUAACGGAAUGGAUGCGAUGGUCACAAUGUUUAAUUAUUUGGUGAGAAUUUCUUUCUUUGAGAUCAACAAUUAAUCCAAAGUAGUUUUACGCAAACAGCAUCAUGCGAGUGAAAAUAGUGUAUAUCAUUCAAGAUAAUUCGGACUACAUUUUUGUCACUAAAAUGAUUGAAAGCUUUUAAUUAUAGUACGUCACUUGCCCUGACUGACAGACACGUCCCAACUGGAAAUAGAAAAAAAACUUGAACGUACAAACCGCAGGAUGUUGGUAAUGUGGCUCAUGAGGUCGUAAUAAGCAGCGAUACAUAGGAGUAGAUAAUUCUCAGAUAGUGCAAACCUGCACUUGUUAUAACUUAUAAGUAUGUCAGAAUUAACAUAUUAGGGAUGUCGUCGGAGUUGAAAUUCCACGCAUGCUUCCUCCUAAUAAGAUUUCAAGCUAGUAAUCUUUAGAAACAAAGAUAGUAUCAUGGAAUAUUCAUGUUAUCAGGAUAUAUACUUAACUGUCAUACAAUUGCAGAAUUGUAUUUCAGCGAUGUUCCAUUCUCUAAGCCACCUUAAAAUCUUUUGCCAAUAAAAGCUGUAAUUUCGGACGAUUGAGGGAAAGUCCAGGGUUGACUCUGAAAACGAUAGUAAGUUCAGCUCAGAAAUUUACUCAAUUCUCCUCAAUGAAGCUAGGACCAUUUAAUCAGCAUUUAGAGAAGCAAUGAAGCCAAGGUUGCUUCAGUGCUUUUCACAAUAAAAGGCCAGAGCCAAGAAACGACAUCGGAGUCCUCCUUCGCCUAUCCUGAGUAGGCGCGAACAUCUUGCUUUUAUCUCUGAAAUAAACUUAAGGAAACUAAGAGUGAUCCCAAAAUGGAGGAAUUAGAAACGUAUGGCUUCCUGCACUUCUGUAAGUAAGAAAAUCACAUCGUAGUUCUCACCACAGCAUGUAGAAGCGAACUAUUUCUUCCAUGGGAUUCCUACCCAUAAUCAGUAACAGUAUUGCACCAGAAUUCAAGUAAUUCGGGCCGCUAUUACUAACACUCCCAAUCUUCAUCAAUUUGCGGAUCUUGAAAUGUUUUCUUUAGCGCAUAAAACUUUCGUUUUUUUAAAUAUUACAAAUAAUUACAUGUUAAUUCUAAUGUCUUUAAACGUC